AUGAGUGCUGUAUCUGUUGAAUUCCUGAAAGAGCUACCCAAAUGUGAGCAUCAUUUGCACUUGGAAGGUACUCUGGAGCCAGAUCUGCUAUUUCCGCUUGCGAAGCGUAAUGGGAUUGAGUUACCGGCAGAGUUUCCUCAGAGCGUGGAGGAACUCGCUGCCAAGUACUCUCAGUUUCGUGAUUUGCAGGACUUCUUAGAUUACUACUAUAUCGGGACGAACGUGCUCGUUAAGGAAGAGGACUUUUUUGAUCUGGCAUGGGCAUAUUUCACCAAGGUGGCUAAACAGGGCCUCGUCCACGCGGAGGUGUUCUUCGACCCUCAAUCCCACACCAGCAGAGGCGUUCCCAUCGCAGUUGUCACACGCGGAUUCUCCAAGGCCUGCGAAAGAGCGCAAAAUGAGCUGGGUAUAUCAACAGAGCUCAUCAUGUGUUUGUUGAGGCACGUGGAGCCGGAAAAAUGUCUUGAAACCAUUCAAGAGGCAACACCAUUCCUCAAAGAUGGUACAAUCAGCGGUCUGGGGCUCGAUUCUGCCGAAAAACCAUUCCCACCGGAGCUCUUCAUCGAGUGCUAUGAAGCGGCAACGAAAAUCAAUCCCGAUCUCAAACUGACCGCCCAUGCUGGUGAAGAGGGUAGCUCCGCAUACGUGGUCAACUCUCUCGAUCUCCUGCAAGUGACCAGAAUCGAUCACGGUAUCAACAGUCAGCAUGACGAGGAACUGAUGGCAAGAUUAUCGCGCGAAAGAAUAAUGCUAACCAUGUGUCCACUCUCAAAUGUGAAACUGCAAGUUGUCUCCGCGGUGGGCGAACUCCCCUUCCAAAGGUUCUUGGACGCCGACAUUCCCUUUUCUGUUAAUUCUGACGACCCUGCCUAUUUCGGCGGCUAUAUCUUGGAAAAUUACAUCGCGUUGAGCGAAAGCUUUCCACACUGGGACCAUCAGACCUGGGGGAAAAUCGUCAAAAACAGCAUCGAGGGCUCUUGGUGUGAUGCGAAACGUAAGCAACAAUUGCUGGCUCAGCUAGAAGACACCAUUACCAGACACGCAAAGAAUUAA